CGCAAGUGACGGGCAUGGAUGCCAUCGAGGUAUAGCUGACUCUAGCUGUCUCGAAGGACUCGGCAGUGGCGGAGACGUCUGCGUCGACGUGGUGAUGAUGACAUCUCCCUACCUCCAGAGCACUGGGACGCCUCCACAGCAUUCAGCGUAGCAAAGAAAUCCAAAUUCCGGGUCCAGUCUCCCCUGCAGGCAAACGUCGACGCGGCGACACAUCUAGGACCAGGAACAGCUCUGACGGCACCGAGACUCCGGUGACCCUCGUCUUCACUCAACGCUGCCCCAGGCCCUCCACGGGCCAUGCCCCACCUGCUCAACACUGGCACCCCCUUCAGCUCCAAGCAAGAGCUCCUGGACCUGCAGGAUGGCCCUCUGGAUCCCAGCACUAAUGGCUCGAGCCUCAUGGGGUCCCGGGGCGACACAUCCAUGGGGUCCAUCCCAGGCAGCCCUGCCAAAGACGCCCCCAUCAAGACUGUUAAAGAGAGAGAGCCAGUGGGGGUGAAAUUCAUACCAUCGGAGGAGGAAAACCUGUGUGGAUGGGGGGCUGUGACCCCCGGGUUCAUCCAGAGCCUCAAUACCCCCCGCUGGGUGCUGUUCUUUCUGUGUGUAGCCUCUUUCCUCCAGGGCAUGAUCAUCAAUGGCUUCAUCAACACUGUCAUCACAUCCAUCGAGAGACGCUUUGACCUUCGCAGCUACCAGGCUGGACUCAUCGCCAGCUCCUAUGACAUUGCUGCCUGCAUUUGCCUGACAUUCGUGAGCUACUUUGGUGGCACGGGCCACAAGCCCCGUUGGUUGGGCUGGGGGGUUCUCAUCAUGGCUCUGGGCUCACUGGUAUUUGCGCUGCCACACUUCACCACGCUGCCCUAUCAGGUGAGGGUGCCCGAGCGCACGGGACUGUGCUCGGCCAAUCACACAGAGGUGUGUGGGGACAGCGAGGGAAGUGGCCUCUCGGGGUACCGUUUCGUCUUCAUGCUGGGCCAGUUCCUACAUGGUGUCGGGGCCACACCCCUCUACACCCUCGGGGUCACCUACCUAGAUGAGAACGUCAAAUCUAGCUAUGCACCAGUUUACAUAGGUAUCUUCUACACGGCAGCCAUUGUGGGCCCGGCGGCAGGAUACCUGCUGGGCGGCUUCUUCCUCAACAUGUAUACGGAGAUCGGACAGAGAACUCCACUCACUCCAGAGAACCCACUGUGGGUGGGGGCGUGGUGGAUCGGUUUUCUGGCAGGAGGAGCUGCUGCUCUCAUCACCGCUCUGCCCAUUCUGGGCUACCCCCGCCAGCUGCCAGGCUCCCAGCGCUAUGUGGCCAUGCGCGUGUCUGAGGCCCAUCAGCUGAAGGACGGCAGUCAGGUGACCGCCUGCGACCCUCAGUUCGGCAGGACGGUGAAGGACAUGCCCAGGUCGGUGCUGCUCCUGCUGAAAAAUCCUACAUUUAUUUUCCUGUGUCUGGCUGGUGCCACGGAGGCCACUCUCAUAGCCGGCAUGUCCACGUUCGGGCCAAAGUUCCUGGAGUCUCAGUUCAGCCUCAGCGCCUCAGAGGCAGCCACCUGGUUCGGUUACAUGGUGGUGCCGGCAGGCGGGGGCGGCACCUUCCUGGGCGGCUACAUCGUGAAGAGGCUGAACCUGCGUUGCCGUGGCAUCAUCCGCUUCUGCAUGCUGUGUGCCCUGCUCAGCCUGCUGGCCAUCUUUGCGUUCCUCUCACACUGCCCCAACGUGCCCAUGGCCGGAGUGACCGUGCCCUACCACGGCAGCGCCUCGUGGAGCCCCACCCACCUGUGGCCAGCCAGUGGAAGCAACAGUUCCGAGGCCGAUGGAAAUCUGACAGUGGGCUGUAACGCAGGCUGUCACUGUGCCAAGGAGUUCUACAACCCUGUAUGCGGAGUUGAUGGGGUCAUGUAUUACUCUCCCUGCCACGCUGGCUGCACUGCCGUCAACCACACGCACAGCCACAGCGACAGACAGGUCUUCACUGGCUGUACCUGUGUUGUUGGUAACGUGUCUUGGGGUGAGGAGGGUCUGGCUGUCGUGGGAAAGUGCAGCGCCUCCUGUAACCACAUGCCAGCGUUCCUCAGUUUCCUCUUCGUCAUCAUCUCCUUCACCUUUCUGUGCAGCAUCCCAGCUCUAACAGCCACUCUCAGGUGUGUUCCAGACAGUCAGAAGUCAUUUGCCCUAGGCAUUCAAUGGAUUCUAGUGCGAACACUGGGUGGCAUCCCGGGCCCCAUAGCGUUCGGCUCAGUCAUCGACAUCUCGUGCCUGCUAUGGCAAAAGCACUGCGGGGACCAUGGCUCCUGCUACGUGUACCAGAACUCCGCCAUGAGCCAGUACACACUCAUCGCCGGCAUCAUCUACAAGGUUUUGGGCACUGUAUUCUUCCUGCUGGCGAGCGUGCUGUAUCGGCCUCCUCCGGACUCACCCCAGAGCAGCUGUGAGAACACAGACCAAGGGGCGGGACUCGCAGGCGGUGACACUGGGGACCUGCCCAUCAAAGACCUCCCUCCCGAGAUCAUAGCCAAUAACCAUGCCAGGCUGUGAUUCUCGCCCCACCCCCCCAAUUCUGAGCAUGUUUGCCUACCCUGUUCGCUCUGCCCAGGGUGUGCCAACAUCAAAUUCAUCACAACCUCAAGAUGCAACAGAGCACACACGCCCGUAUUUCAUCCUCUCUCCUGCUGCACACCAGUCGGGCCGAACCUGUCAACAGUGGAGCUGCCUUGCACUUGUCUGCUAGUCUGCAGCCUCAGUGUUCUGCCACUACUAUCAGCCUACAUGUCCAGUCAUUUCAAAAAAUAAGGACUCAGCAGGGGUUAAAGGUUCCUGUGGAGUGUCAGGAUAAGUGCUGCUUUUUGUCAUGAUACUGCAGAACUGGAGGACUGUUUCCAAAAGACAUGCUGACACAUCUUGGUGGUGUAGUGUUUUACGUUGGUUAUGGACUAAAUGUUUGUGUGGAAAUACGCCUGUGCUCUUAACCGGAGAACAUCAUGAAUUAAAUCGGCAGUCAGUACAUUUUUAGAAACGGGUUACAGUAGAUGCGAGGUUUUCAUUUUCAGUCAGUAUGAGCAAAUGUAAAAUUGGCCUUUAUACAAAAAAAAUAAUUACAUGCAGCAUAGCACUAAGUUACUAUGUGUAGUUUUAGAAACAAUCCAACAAAGCUUAGUUAUCAAGAUUACAUUACAAUUCAAAGUUAUUUAUUAGUAUUUACACAUUUAAAAUAUGUCUUAUUCUUUAUAUUAGAAAAGACUGGCCAGUUUAAAGGAACUUAAUAUUUACAUAAAUACUAAUACAGUUUUAUUGAAAAUUCUCAAAAAUAUGCAAAUACAGUAAGCAAAUUGCUGCUGAAGCACACUAUUAAAUUAUUUAGAGGUUAUUUAAAAUGUCUUUUCUGCAGGUAGUAGAUGCAAAUGACAGUGCCUUGCAAGACUACAUCUUAAGUUAGGAAACUGUUCACACUCACGAGUCCACUUUCUUUCUUGUAACCUACACCCUCCAAUUGCACUUUAAUACAUUUUUGAUUCACUGAUAUCUCAACUAUAUAGGCUAGAAUAUAUGUUGUAUAAGCCAUUCAGUCAGUUUAAUGUUCACUCAAGUCACGCCACUUUAUUAAUAUAUCGUUGUUUACUUUCUAUUACAAACUAAAGGACAAGUAGGAUGAGUAGAACAUAUAUGAUUUUUGUAUGUUGAGGUUACUUACGUACUGAAGGGGAUUUCCAACUGUUCCAGUACUGUACCUCAGGAGUUUGUGGGUCAGAAUGGCUUUAUGAAUUUUAUGUCUUAAUGUAUAAAAAAACACAAUGAAAAAUGAACAUGCAUGUUGUAAUUCUGUUCCCUACUAUGUGUUGAGUUUAUAAGUUCAUAUUUUAGAGUACUUCAAACUGAUUUUUCAGCUUGUUUACUUGACACUAUCUUAUGUGAGAGAGAGAGAGAGUUUGGUGUGACACUGCAGUGUAACGCUCAUCUGUGUUACAAUAAUGGGGAUCCCAGCCCUUUUUUUUUUUUUUUUUUUUUUUUUUUUAAAGAGAUGAAAGGGACAGUUUUGUUACUUAUUUAUAAAGCAUGUAGAAACCUGCAUCUGUUGUACAUCGCGCCUGUUCAAUACCUAUCAAAAAAUCUGAAUUAUUAAUUAUUGCAAAGUGUUGCGUGACCCUUGUUUUUAUAAUUAAUAUCCUUUCUAGAUUGGAAAACCAUUUGAAAUAAUUUAUUGUUUCACUAAGAAUUCCAUAAUUCCAAAGCCUCUAAAUUAAUUUUUGCAUGCUUUUGUUAAGUAUUUUUAUUUAUUGGUCAAUUUUACUUUUUAAUUUUUCAAAAUUAAUUAUUUUCAUUGCACCUCCCUGGUGCAUUGCUACUGAAAUGGUAUUUAUAUUCAGAAAGCUAUGCUUCCAAAGCAGAAAAGGCUAAAUGAAGUCCAAAUCACUGAAAUUCAAAAUGUUUCCUUUAUUCUGAAAUGUAUGCUGUUAGAAAUGGUUUUUGAAUUGGUAUGACAUUUGAUGUUUAAUAUUUUAUUUAUUUAACUUGUUUUGCAGACGUUAGAUUAUGUGGUUUAUAUUGCAUUUAUUCCCCUAAUGACUGCCUCCUAAGAGAUGGUGUUGGGUCCCGUCAGGCAGACAGCAUGUGUCAAUUCUUUGUAACUCAUUAUGAUAGUUUAUUAGUUAGUUGUUCACAUUAUUUGUCAACUAAGAAGGGGGGGGGGGGGGGUU